AUGCCUGGUUGUUUUGUUUGUUCCAAUAAUUUUAAUUGCCCCAUAGCUUUAUUGAGGCAUAUAAAGUUAUUUCAUUGUUUUGAUAAAAUAGCUGAGUAUGAGUGUUUAGAAGUGAACUGUCAUAGAAUUUAUAGUUCAUUUCAUUCAUUUAGUAAACACUGUAAAGGUCAUAAUUUUGUUCAUCAACAACCAUUGGAUAAUAUAGCUGCACCAUAUAAUGUACCAUUGAAUUUGAAUCUUAAUGCUAAUAAUGAUAAUAGUUUAAGUUUUAGUGUGCUAGAUGACCAUUCUGAAAUAGCUGAUGAUCAGGAAAUAACUGUAGCUAAGUUUAAAAAAAUAGUCACAGGGGAUACAAUAACAUUAAUGUCAAAAUGGUAUGAUGAAUCAGUUGUACCAAUAAACAAAGUUCAAACACUUAUUAAUGAUGUAAAUUUUUUUAAUGAAAAUUGCUUACAAACAUUAAAAACUAAAGUCUUACACAGUCUAAAAAACCAUGAAAAUGAUUGUAAUUCACUAAUCAAAAUAUCAGAAAUGUUUGAUGUAGUUAGUAAUCCCUUUAUAAACCUACAAUCCGAGUAUAAGCGUAUGCAAAUGUUAGAAAAUAUGGGCCUUUAUAUAAAACCUAUUGAAAUUACUAUUGGCAGUAAAUAUAAAGAAGUUAUGAAGGAUGGUAAUAUUUUGGUUGAAACUGUUAAUGUAAAUAUUUGUUUUAUUUCAUUAAGAUCUGUCUUUAAAGUUUUUUUUGAACAACCUAAUGUUUUAAAAACUAUUUUGAAAUAUUUUGAUGAUUUGAUGUCUGAGAGUGAAGACAUUAUUUCUAGCUAUAUACAAAGUGAAGUUUGGAAGGAGAAAUGCCGUAAUAAUCCUGGCAAAAUAGUUAUACCUUUCUUUUUAUAUUUUGACGAGUAUGAGACUGCUAACCCACUUGGAUCUCAUGCUGGGAAAAAAAUAGGAGCUGUUUAUGUGUCUUUUGGAUCAUGUUUCCCUCCAGAAUUUAGUUCAUGCUUAAACUAUAUUUUUCUUGCCCAACUUUUUAACGCUAAUGACAAGAAAACAUUUGGGAACAAAAUUAUUUUUAAACAAUUAAUUUCUGAAAUUAACUAUUUACAAAGUAACGGUAUAAAUUUAAAAAUUGAAAAUAAAAGUAUAACUGUAUUCUUCUGUUUAGCCUUAAUUCUUGGUGACAAUUUGGGUAUACAUUCUAUUUUAGGAUUUAGUGAGAGUUUCAUGGCAAAUUUUCCAUUAAUUUGUAACAACUGUAAAUUAAGAGAUGAGGAAAAUUAUUUACAAGACUUGUUAACUGAUAAUGUAUCUGCAACAGGCAUUAGAGAAGCAUGUGUAUGGAAUCAAAUUAAUGGGUUUCAUGCAGUUUAUAAUUAUUCUGUAGAUUUAAUGCACGAUGUUUUGGAAGGUGUAUGUUCAAAUUUAAACAAUCGCAUUCAGUGUUAUAAUUAUGGUGCUCUUGAAAUUCAAAAUAAACCACACCGGCAUUUAUGUGUAAUGAUAGGUGACUUAGUCCCUGUUGAUUCUGAAAUUUGGCAGUUAUACAUACUAUUAAGAAAAAUUAUUGAGAUUGUGGCUUUAACAUCGAUACAACCAGGAUAUGCAAUACUUUUAACAACUUUAAUCACAGAACAUCACCAGUUAUAUCUAAAAUUAUUUAACACCAAUCUAAAACCUAAACAUCAUCAUUUGUUACAUUAUCCAUAUGUUAUGAGAAAAGUCGGACCAGUAUCUCAUUUAUGGUCGAUGCGUUUCGAGUCAAAACAUAGGGAAUCUAAAUUAACUGCACAUUCUAUUACCAGUCGAACAAAUAUUUGUUUAACAUUAAGAAAAAAAAUUGAUUUAUCUGAAACUAUCAUUGAAAAUAUUCAACUUGAGAUAACUGAUCCAGUUAUUAAUUUUAAUGUUGUGAGCUUUGUAUCUUGGGUAGAAGUGAAGGGUACUCGAUAUUCAACUAAACAUAAUAUGACAAUAAUAGUUGAUGUAGAAGACAUGCCAACAUUUAUUACCAUUAAAUAUAUAUUUUUUAAGCCCCAGAGUGAAAUUCCAUAUUUAAUUGGUCAAUUAUUGAACACUCAACAUUUUAAUGAACAUUUACAAGCAUAUGAGUCUUUUAGUUGA